AUGAAUUUGGGCUCCAUAAGCGAUAAACUCCCAACGUAUCCCGCGAAUAUUCAAGGCGAACUGCGGCUUAUUCUGCAAACAAAGGAUAUAUUUAUGGUAUGCUACAAACAGUUAGAGGAAUAUCGUCGGUUAGUCAACGAGCAGAAUCGUCUUAUCACGAAGGAAUUUGUGCAGGAGCAAUUACAAGCCGGAGAGGAUGAAAUUGCGGAGCUUAAAAUAGAGCUUGGUGAGGCUGAAAGCAAGCUGGCAGCCCGCUUACGGCACAAUGAAUUACUAGCCGACCAGUUGGCAAGUCAAGGUCUAGGUGCCCUUGAAACAGGCGGCACGGCGCGACACAUGGCUUUAAUCAGGUCUCCGAACAUAAAGAAACAGAUGAUGGCACAGCGCAAAAGCGCCCUUGAUCCGUGUGCAAAUGGCGGAAAAUCUCAGACACACCUCAUAGACAACAUCGCCCUGGCAAUAGACGAAAUUCAUCAGGAGGUACGAACAAAAGUGAAGCCUCUUUUGGACUAUUAUCGGGACCUUUUUUACCUGCAACUGCAUUUUAGCCUGGUUCUUGGACAAGUAUGUAACUAUUGCAUGCCCCUUGUUACGGAAAACAUUGGGUUACUGGAGCGUGUUUUUUUCUGGGCUGAACGGCCAGAAUUCGAACUAAUCCGGAAGGCUUCUGACAUAUCCGACCGACUUAAGGAAAUAUACACGCGAUCACAACAAAUCUAUGGAGUACUGUCGGAAUCAGUAAGAUUCCUGCAGUCAAAGGUCGAACUUCAGAAGUCGCUGGAGACUCGCUUCCACGAACGCAUGGAUGAACAACAGAAACUCAAAGACAAAAUCUUGCUCGAGGAAACCAGAUCAGCGGACAUCGAUGAGAAUGAGCCCAUUGAAAGCUCUAACGACAAUGCCAGGUUUGACUACAACAACAAUAAGGCCCUCAGUGUUACGGGCGAUUCUGAGGAUGGAUCUACAGCAGCCGUAUGGAACAAGCAGUUGCAAGAUCUGAAACGGGGACGGAAACGUGGAGAACGCCAAAAAAAGACCAAACGGGCAGUAACGGCCAAUCUAAAAGAAAGAUCAACAAGCAGUGGUGCCGAAACGCAGGAGAACCUCCACAUCCGAGCGCGAUCCUCUUCACAAGUCAGGUCUCCCUCUGUUCCACGGACCAGCCGCAAAAAUUAUACCAGUAGAAGAAAGUCCAGGAGUGAUGUGGUUAAUGACGAUACUGUAUCCGAAGGCCAGGCUUCGAUGGGACGCAGGAUGAAAACAGAGGCGUUGAAGACUAGUGCGAAGUCGAGCUCUUCCGAUCAGUCGCUUCAGCCACAUGGUGGAUCCCUAAAGUCACGCUUAUUGGACAGAACCAGAGGCCUAUUUGAUCUGUCGAAGGUUCGUGGAGGUAAAUCAAACCCUUUAAUAACGACCGAGAGUGAAGAAUCAUCGCUGGCCAUGGCAUAUCAACCAGUUGAGGUUAUAGAUGGAAGUGGAGCUCUAACGAGCGUAUCCUCUAUUGACACAUCUUAUUAUAAUGAAGCUAACUCAUCUCGGAAGGAUCAGAACCCACCACGAAUGCAUGAGUCGAGCAAAUCAGGUUCAAAGGAUGGUAAGAGCCGACAAAAACCCAAAGAAAGCAAAAGCGGAAAACAGUGGCGGGAACCCCAGUUGAGACUAGCGUCUAUGGAUGAUGAGAUGCUUGUUUUGAGCGACCAGCAAAAUGGGAGCAACUCCAGAUCGAGCAGGCGGCGAUCAAAAUCUCGACAAGGCCGUAACGAGGCAACGCCAAAUGAUCUAGCUAACUUCCUCACAACCAGCGUUUCGGAGAACCUCCUGAGUUCAGACAGCUCUCUGCUCCCAGACCUGAACUGA